CGCCCUGCCUUGUGGCCACGCACAAUUUUGGAUGAAAUAGGAGCAGGGGUAAGGUGUGUGUGUGGUGUGCAUGUAAACACGGGGGAUGGGAGAAUCCUUUCCAACAGGAAACUACACAUUUGCUGCUCUAUUAAGCUGGAGGCAGAGUGGCACAGAAUCCGGAAGCCAGACUCCUUUUUUUUAGCAGAAGUUUUUUUUUAAAGCAAAAUGAAAAGUAUUGGGUAUCUAUGGAUCUCCAGCAUCCUCUUGCCAUGGUCUGCGGUAUCUGGACAUCCUUGUAACAUUGAUAAAAUGGGACGAGCUGCCUGCAGUGGAAAGAGCCUUCUCCAUCCUCCCAAUUUUCUUCCCAGACAUAUUACCAUCCUAGAUCUAUCUUUCAAUUCUCUGAUGAUGCCCAAGUAUGGACCUUUUCUGAGAAGCUUUCCUUCCUUACAUUCCCUAAAUCUUUCCAGCAACAGCAUUCCUACUCUUUCCCCCUCUCUGUUCUGUAAUCUUGGUGCUCUUCGCCUUUUGGAUCUAAGCAACUGUGACAUUUCUCAUGUGCACCGAAUGAGCUUCCGAGGUUUGAAAAGCCUCCACUCUCUACAUCUGAACAACAACAAACUUCAAUCUCUGGACCUCUCCAUUUUUCCUGCCUCUGGAAUCCUUGCCCAUCUGGAUCUGCAAAACAAUGAACUGCCCUGCAGGCAUGAGCUUAUACAAUUAAAUGUGCAAAGAAUCCACCAUAUCAAACUUCAGGGGAACCCUUCAGUGUGCAGUGAUUCCUUAAGUCCUUUCCAGCAAGCAGUGCCAGGAAAAGAAGAACUCCAGAUUCAAGAAAUCAGAACUUCAGAUUAUGAGAUUGUGAGCCACAGAAGAAAACUUCAGUUCCUUCAUAUUGGGGCUACGAAAAAGCCAUCAUCAUUAGAAAAUGCUACAGCAGCUAUUACCACACCUUCUACUCAAACAGCUGGGAAAAACUGGAUCUACUUUGCUGGUUUUGUGCUUUUGGCUAUCAUCCUCUCUCUCCUGAUUGCAUUGAUUGUCAAAUGCAAAUUGCUCCACAAAAAGCAUGCCAGCUAUCAUCAUCAACGGUUGCCCGAUUCUCGCUCCAUUGGAAGCAGCCAUAUUGAGGAAGGAGACAUGGGCAUGGCGUAUGGGAGGAACCAACCAAUAAGUGGAGCUUCUGAGUGCUAUCCAGAGGAUGAUGAUGGUUUCAUAGAAGAUAACUAUAUUGUGUCCAAUCAAGAGUUGAAGGAGGAAGAGGAGGAUCUGGAGUUGGAACCUCAUUUCAAAGUUGGAAGAUCCUUUUAGGAACAAAGUUCAGUUUGUUAUGUGCUCCAGUUUGUGCAUAAAGCCUAUUUCAUUUUCAAGGUUCCUGAUACUUUCAUUAUAGUAGGAAACUGAUAAUGAGCCCAUAGGUAAAUUUGACUCUGGCCAAAAAGGUCAGCUGCACUCCUCCAAUGGUUAGAGCUUAGUAUGCUUUCCUGAAUAUUAGUCCAGUGGAGUUCUCUCUUACACACUCAACCCGUUCUCUUGCUUGUGCACAUACAUCCAUAUGGACGCAUACUUGGUUCAUUCUUUUGUACUUGUUUUUCUUGUACGCAUACAUCAACCACAGUUUUUUAGAGCUUACAUUAGAACUGGUGGAGGUUUCGAAAGAAUCUGUUUGGAGCAUAGGAAAUAAUUUUUCAAAUGAAUUGCAGCAUAUGGCAAGAGCAGUUUGUCCUUCAUGACCUUCCCCUAAAACUCCACAUGUGCCUUGAUUGUUCUUUAAAGGCUUAAUUGCUCUGUGGGUUAGGGAAAAAACUAUUUCCAAGCAGCUGGUGGGAGGGACUUUGCCCCUGGGCCGCAUGAACCAUCUUCCAUAAAUGCUAGGCAUCUCAUUGAAGAAGUUUCCUCAACCUUAGCACAGCUAGUGAGUGCUACCUGUGGGUGUGGGAAGCUUAAAUGAUUGCCACAAGAAGAUACAAAAAAACCCCAACAACAAGAAAACCAGGUCUAAAC